UUUAGAGUGCGACUUGACACGUAAGACACUGCUCUUUAGCUGAGUGAUUUGUCGAUAUACGAGGAUCGGACCUAGAGAUGUUUGCCGGAAACAGCAAGUGAAACAGGGAAAAUGUCCCGCCGGGACCAUCACGAAUUGUUGCGACAAAACACUACAGACACGGCUCCUCUUUCAUCUAUUCCCUCAAGCAGGGACCCCGUCAACACCAAACCAACUGGUACCAGGAAGUUCGUAGGACGCAAAAAUGUCAUGUGUGAUUCACAAUGGAUUGAACGGAAAAAUAUUCAGUGCAGGAAAUGUGUGCGAUUUGUACCCACCAAAACAGAUAAAGGCGGGAAAGAGAAGGUGAUAUGUGGAUGUGGGUACCACAAGUCAGACCACAGUCUUGCGUUCUUAUCUCCCCCUGACGUGCCUCCGUCCGAAUGGAACCAAAAAUACGACACCGAAACGGUUCCCACCGAUUCUUUUGGAGAGAUAGAAUUUGUGGGUUAUGGACAAAGGAGAGCAAAGUAUAUUCGGGUUGACGUGGAGACUAGCGCUGACGUCAUGUGGGAACUGAUGACGCGGGUGUGGGGUCUUACUCCGCCGAAUCUCGUCAUUUCCGUGACUGGCGGGGCCAAAAACUUUCAUAUGACCCCGAGAUUAAAGGAUGUCUUCCGGAAGGGCCUGGUCAAAGCAGCAAUAAGCACAGAGGCGUGGAUAACGUCGAGUGGUACUAACGCCGGAGUGAUGAAGUACGUGGGUGAGGCAGUUCGGGACCUGGUGAUGGGACAGGCUUUACAAGCUCGAGUUGUCGCUCUCGGCAUAGCCCCCUGGGGAUGUGUUCAAAACAAGCAGGCCCUCGUGCAGAAAGGGGGUACAGCCCCGUACAGAAUCAGUGACGAGCGCGUGUCAGGAGAGACUCAUCUGGAUUCGAACCACUCUCACUUCAUCCUUGUGGACAACGGCACUCAGCACAAGUUUGCUGUGGAGAUCCCCUUCAGGGCUAAGCUGGAGAAAACCAUCUCCGAGAGAAGCGCCUCACGAGCAGCUGACCGAGAUAAGGUUCCCAUCAUCCUGGUCGUGGUGGAGGGUGGCCCCGGAACGUUACAGACCGUGUAUAGAUCCAUACAAGAGAGGACACCAGCCGUCAUCAUUGGGGGUUCGGGUCGAGCCGCCAACAUCCUAGCAUAUGCCAUCCAGAACUGCUAUGAGCACGUGUUCGAAGAGUCGCGUCAGCAAGGAGAGAAAAUACUCAAUAAAGUUUUAGUGAUGAACUCCCACGUUGAAGGGGAAAUGAAGAAAAUGCUGAGUGAAGAAUUCAACGAGAGUUCGGAGAAGAGGCUGAAUCAGUGGAUAGAGUGGGUCAAACGUUGUCUGCAAUUUCCGGAUCUACUCUCCGUGUACCAGCUCGACUCCGAUCAGUCGGCUAAAGACAUCGACCUGGUCAUGUUACAGGCACUGUUAAAGGCAAACCACGAACAAGUGAUGGAACAACUGAAACUUGCACUGAUCUGGGACCGCGUGGACAUAGCUAAAAGUGAAAUUUUCACAGAGGACCGGAACUUUAAGGCAGGUAGCCUAGAUGACAUCAUGUUCUCUGCCAUUGUGCUCAACCGUGUUCACUUCGUCAAGCUGUUCCUUGAGAAUGGGGUCUGUUUGCGAGAUUUUCUGACCGUCGAGAGUCUACUGCGACUCUACCAGGCUGCACCGAGGAAAUCCAUUUUGUACGAACAUUUGAAGAAAGGAAGAAAGAAUAAAAGCCGGGACAAGAUAUCACUACAUCAGGUUGGACACCUAAUUCAGUCACUGAUGGGAGAUUUCUACAAGUCGAUCUAUUUGAGCAGCCCUGAUGAGGAAUUGCCAGAUCCUGAUUUCGUUGAUUCGUCCAAAACCGUUUUAGAGCGACCAGAAAGAGAUUUGUUUGUGUGGUGUGUGCUGAUGCACCGUUGUGAAAUGGCGCGUAUAUUCUGGGAAGAAGGUCGGGAUGCUCUAGCAGCGGCUUUGGUUGCUAACAGCUUACUAAAGUCAAUAAGACAGAGGACAGCAGAUAACGAACUGAAACAGGAUCUUCUGCAAGAUGCUCUCGAGUUUCAGGAGCUAGCUAUUGGCAUCUUACGUGAGUGUUACAUGGAUGAUGCGGAACGAGCCAUGAAGCUACUUAUCCGGCCUUUGAAUUAUUGGGGUAAAACCAACUGUGUCAGCAUCGCCAUUGAAUCCAGCAACAAGGAGUUCAUUGCUCAAAGCGCAUGCCAGGAACUUUUCAGCGCUAUCUGGUGGGGGAAAAUGGAUACAGAAAAUGGUUUGAAGAUUCUGUCCUGCGUUGUGUGUCCAGCUUUGGUACCAAUAUGUCUUCGCUUCAAACACGACAGAGUUGUGGAACAAAAGGACGAACAGGAACGGGCUGACACGACUAUUAGAAAUCAUAAAAGGUGUCCACACUGGGCUAGUUGGAACCAGUCCUCGGUGACGUCACAAGGAAGUACCUCUAGCGCUGAUUUGGCAGAGGUUAUUCAUGUGCCCAGCUCUCUGCAGAAAAUCAAACAUUUCUUCCAAGCACCAGUUACAAAGUUCUGCUACACUGUGGGUUUUUACCUGGUGUUUCUGAUGUUGUACAGUUAUGUAAUGUUGAUCGAUUUGCAAUGGCGGAUAUCAGCAACUGAGGUUGUACUCAUGUUUUGGGUGUUCACCAUGGCAGUGGACGAGAUAAGACAGCUGUGGAAGUCCAGCCCGGGAUCGGUUGGCGAGCGGACAGCGAACUAUCUGUGCGACAAGUGGAAUAUCCUAGAUGUCGUCACCAUUGGUUUGUUUAUACUGGGGAUGAUCUUACGACUGUUCCCUCACCACGAGACAUUCACAGCCGCUCGGGUUAUCCUGGCCAUUAACCUGUUCACCUUCUUCCUCAGGCUUCUUCACAUCUUCUCUGUCAGCAAGCUGAUGGGGCCAAAGCUUGUCAUGAUUGGCAGAAUGCUGAAGGACUUGGUUACGUUUAUGUUGAUCAUGCUAGUGUUCAUCGUUGGAUACGCCAUUACAUCGCAGUCUAUCCUCUAUCCAAACACCGAUAUGAAUAAGAUGUUGGUAAUAGACGUGCUAAAGAAGGCUUACUGGCAAAUCUUUGCCGAACUGUUUUUGGAAGAAAUAGAAGGUAAAGAAGACUGCGUAGAAAAUAUGGCAGCUUACACGAACGGCACUCAUGUACGCUGCCCUAGUGAGGCGGGGAAAGUGAUCGUACCCAUUCUGUUGGCCUUCUAUAUGCUCUACAUGCACAUCCUAAUGCUUAGCCUCUUAAUUGCCGUCUUCACGAAUACGUUUGAGGCUGUCCAGUCUAACACGGACCUACAUUGGCACUUUCAGCGGUAUAAGCUGGUCUACGAGUAUUAUGAAAGACCCAGCCUUCCUCCACCCUUCAUCGUCUUCUCCCACAUAUACCAAAUGAUCCGAUUCUGUAUGAAGGGAUGCACGACUAACGUUAUGUACGGCUUCUUGUCUGAUAGUGAUGACAACGACCAGGUUGACACGCUCAGCCUGGAACUGUUUGAGGAGAACAGACGGGACGAGUUCAUGUGGGAAAGGAACCAGGGUACAAUGAGGAGUACAGAGUACAGGGUGGCUGCCACAGCAAACAGCGUUGAAACCCUUGUAUCGAAAGUAGACGACAUACGAGAGCAUCUAGCAUUCGUGGACAUUUUCGGAGUUUCAGGCGGAGAUGUCACUAAAUUCGGGUUGUCCACAAAGCCCCCUAACGUUAGAACCCUGUCACAGAAUGUCACAAGGCUGGAAUCACAGGUUAGAGAAAUGCAAAGCUCCCUGGACUGGUUGAUUAAGGCGUUAUGCGAUCAGAACGUUGUGACAGGACAGGCGUUACCACAACAGGUACCAUCCAUCACCAUGACUGCAGACGAAAAAGGAGCAGACGCGGACGGAGGGACGAUGCUGGAAGGCGGCAGGGCAGUUUACUUCCGACAGACGACAUCUGUGGACACAGCUGACCUGGUGACACUCAAGUCGAGGCUCUCACCCUAUCCGGGAACAAACAUUUCUAGAGCAGAGGUCCCCGACAACUACGCGGCUUGGGAGGACCCAUUUUCUUCCUACAACCCUGUAAACUUUACAAGUGACAUCGUCCGGCAGAACCCGCUUUGGGCGGACGGAGAGAUAGAUGGGUCAACGAACUACUCGUGGAAUGGCUUUGAUAAAGACAUCGGAGUGAAUCGCGUCAGUUAUCAGGGAGAGUACGUGGUGGACGAGCGGGGCCACCCUCUUAACCCCAUCGGACGGACAGGACUUCAGGGGCGGGGUUGUUUGGGCCGAUGGGGGCCUAACCAUGCAGCUGAUCCCAUUGUCACCAGGUGGAAGUGUGACGAACGUGGGGAAGUUGUAAAGAGAGAGGGCAAACCUGUACUAGAGUUUGUGGCGGUCCGGAGACAUGAUAACAAGCACUGGGCCUUACCGGGGGGAUUUCUGUACUCUGGGGAGAGCGUUGAUCAGGCUGUGAGGCGACGUUUCGUGGAAGAGGCUAUGGCUGGCGAGGAUGACACGGACGAUCUGGGGCUGCAGAUAUUGCCGGAUCUUCUGUCUCAGGGAACAGAGAAUUUCAACACGUUUAGGAGCUGA